CGAAACCUUCACGACAUACAUCUCUGAUCUCAAUUAACAAUCACUGGGGUCUUUUUUAGUUCUAUCCUUAACUUGGAUCAAACCCAGUAGAAAGGGAGAUAAAGAACGAAAGUUCAAUGGUUCAUCUUUUGUUUUCGUUGAUGAUCGGUACUAAUUUGCUCUUCAUGUUAUCCACAAUUUGCUUUGCAGUUAACAGCAUUAGUCCCUCCCAGUCUGUUCGUGAUGGCACGACCUUGGUUUCGAAAGAUGGAAGCUUUGAGCUUGGUUUCUUCAAUUCAGGUAGUUCCACGAACCGUUACUUGGGGAUUUGGUACAAGAACAUUCCAGUUAGAACUGUUGUUUGGGUUGCAAACCGAUGCAACCCCAUCAACGAUUCUUCCGGCAUGUUGAUGAUAAACGGCACAGGUAAUCUUGUGCUGUUGGGUCAGAAUAAGAGUGUCGUUUGGUGGACAAGCUCAGUUAAAAAUGUCCAAAGUGCAAGGGUAGAGCUUUUGGAUUCUGGUAAUUUAGUCCUAAGAGAUGUCGUCGCAGGAACCCAUUUGUGGCAAAGCUUCGAUUAUCCUUCUGAUACUUUGUUACCAGGAAUGAAGAUGGGAUGGGACUUGAGGACUGGUGUGAAACGAAGUUUAUCAGCAUGGAAAAAUUCAGAAGACCCUUGUCCGGGAGAUUUCACUUACGGGAUCCAAAUGCAACUUAAUACAUAUCCUGAGGCAUAUGUGCGUAUAGGCACUGCAAAAUACUAUCGUACUGGCCCAUGGAACGGACUGAGAUUCAGUGGUUCACCAGAAUUAAAGCCUAAUCCACUUUACAGUUUCAAAUUUGUGUAUAAUGAAGAUGAAGUGUACUACAUGUACAACCUUCAAGAUAAGUCUGUAAUCUCAAGAAUAGUUUUGAACCAAACCACCAGGUCGCGUGAUCGAUUUACAUGGAUUGAAGCGGAUCAAACUUGGAGGGCCUAUUCAUCGGUACCUAGGGACUUGUGUGAUCAUUAUGGCUUCUGUGGAGCCAAUGGAAAAUGUAUCAUAGGUGAGAAUCCAGUCUGCCAAUGCCUGAAAGGAUUCAGGCCUAAGUCCCAAGAAAAAUGGAAUUUAACCGACUGGUCUUUAGGAUGUGUGCGGAAGAAACCACUGAGCUGCCAUGGAAGAGAUAAAGAUGGGUUUCUUAAAUUUUCUGGAUUGAAAUUACCAGAUACUACACUUUCUUGGGUGAACAAAACUAUAAAUCUCGAGGAAUGCAGAGCCAAAUGCUUGAACAACUGUUCAUGUAUGGCUUAUACAAGCUCGGAUAUCAGAGGAGGAGGCACUGGUUGUGUCAUCUGGUUCGGUGAGCUUACAGAUAUCAGGCAGUUUCUGGUUGGUGGGCAGGAGCUAUAUAUUCGAAUGUCAGCUUCUGAGUUAGAAGACAAUGAUCGUCGAUUGAAGACAGCAAUGAUAGUUGCAAUUACCGUAGCAGCAAUAAUUUCUGGUCUUCUGUUAGCUGGAUAUUACAUUCACCGAAGGAGGACAAAAUUAAAAGAAGUAAGAGAAACAAAUCGGAACAAUGAAGAGGACCUGGAGCUUCCGCUCUUUGACGUGACCACAAUAGCAACUGCUACAGAUAACUUUUCAAGCGAUAACAAGCUCGGAGAAGGUGGUUUUGGAUCUGUUUACAAGGGGACCCUGGCAGAUGGACAAGAAAUUGCUGUGAAGAGGCUUUCAAGAAGUUCUGGCCAAGGAUUUAAUGAGUUCAUGAAUGAAGUUAUACUGAUUGCCAAGCUUCAGCACCGAAAUCUCGUAAAGCUUCUUGGAUGCUGUGUUCAAGGGGAGGAGAAAAUGCUGAUUUAUGAAUACAUGCCCAACAAAAGCCUGGAUUCCUUUCUUUUCGAUCAAACAGGAGAAUUGCUGUUAGAUUGGCCUAAACGUUUCGACAUUAUUUGUGGAAUUGCUCGGGGUCUCCUCUAUCUGCAUCAAGAUUCCAGGCUAAGGAUUAUUCAUAGAGAUCUGAAAGCAAGUAAUGUUUUACUUGAUAAUGAAAUGAAUCCAAAAAUUUCAGACUUUGGUUUGGCUAGAAUAUUAGUUGGAGGUGAUCAGAUUGGCGGAAAUACAAACAGAGUGGUUGGAACAUACGGUUACAUGGCACCAGAAUAUGCUCUUGAUGGGCUAUUUUCUGUCAAAUCAGAUGUCUUUAGCUUCGGUAUUUUGGUCUUGGAGGUCAUAAGUGGAAUAAAAAACAAGGGAUUCUACCAUCCAAACCACAGCCAAAACCUUGUUGGACAUGCGUGGAAAUUAUGGAACGAAGGCCGGCCUUUAGAACUUAUUGAUACAUGUUUAGCAGGCUCAUGUAUGCUAUCAGAAGCGUUACGUUGCAUCCACGUUAGUCUCCUAUGUGUGCAACAUAAUCCUGAGGACAGGCCAAACAUGGCAUCUGUGGUUAUAAUGUUGGGAAGUGAGAUUGCAUUGACUCACCCCAAACAACCUGGUUUCUUUACAAAAAUGGAAUCACACGAAGCAGGUAACCAAUCAUCUUCAACCAAUGAAAUAUCAAUUACGCUUUUGGAGCCUCGAUAAGGGUCGUUUAGUUGUGUAUAGGUUAAACACCUAACACGUGCGUGGUCAGGAAACAAGCAGUUUGAUAUACAGAUCCAAGUGGUCUGUCUGUUAUUGACCAAUAGAUGGGGCUCGUUAUAGAUGGUUCAAAGCAGACAAGAAAGAUAAAAGAAAUUUUGGUUAUUCUUCUAUACUACAUUGAUAUACAUCUUUCUUUACGUAUGUACAUAGUGCCUUGUUGAACAAUUUUUGAAUGAGGCUACGAGUGAUUCGUAUGUUCUUUCCAACAGGCACAAUAGAAGGGCUUAGCAUUUUACUCUCGGACAUGACCUUUGGGUUGUAAUUUUCAUAUUAUUCAGUCAAUAAAUUUGGAGGUUUUCUCAAUUCCUGAUAAA